UCAAUCUAGCACUUUUUGAUGUGUUUGAUUUUGCGUGAAUGCCCAGAACUUCGAAGGCAAAAAAUAUCAUGUCCUGCAAACCCAAUCGCGACACAUUUUACUUUUAAUCGAGACUUUCGAGCCAAAGUGCGGCCCAAUGCGGCGCUGUGGUGAUUUUUCGAUAGCUAGCACACAUUUCUCGCGGAUUUUCUUCCCGAAAACACGUCCUCCACCUCCUUUUGUUCUUGAUUGUUUGUUUCCAGCCAGCCAAGCCAGCGUCUUGUUAGACUUCUCGUCCGUUUAAAUGUCAACACAAUGGUGGCGACUUUUGUGGAACUUCUCUUUUCCCGUGCUAGAUCCUUAUCUCCGGGUGAGAUUCCUCUUAACACCUGUGUUCUCCAGGCUCGGGAUCUUUCGUCGUCAGGGAGGAGCUUCAAUCAUGAAGUGCUUGGCGCUCUUCAAACAUCUCAAGUCUGGCUCCAAGGCGAAGGAACCACUGGACAAGUUCUCAUCAUCUAGCACGAGCGGUAGUAGCUGCAACAGCGGCAGCAAAUUAUCGUCGCGAUCAAGCAGCCGAGACGAUCGCAGCUCGGCCUCCUCGUCUUCCUCCUCGUCUUCCAGGUGCGAUCGCAGAGCUAAUUUGGAGUGUGUAACAAGCUUUCCCGGCGAUCAAGCCGUGGCUAUGGCACUCGCCUCCACCGAAGGGGAGCACUGUUUCCUUUACGUGUCAUCAAACACUUCCAGCUCCCGGCGGAUCGACGUGCUCGACUGUAGCAGCAGGGAAUUGUCCACAGUUGGCAGCCUUGCUCCCAAAACCCCACCGGUGAGAGCAAUCCUCGCGAGCGGCGCCAGAGUUUUCACCGCCCAUCGCGAUAUGAAGAUCAGAGUGUGGACGAGAAGGAUCGCCGAGAGCCAGGACGAGCUCAUGGUCGUCAAGCACGAGCUCUCCGCAACGCUACCAAGCCUCCAGGAUAGAAUGUGUUUCCGAUCGCUUUCCAUGAGUCGCGACCGCGACCACCACCACCACCACCACCAUAGCCAUCGCCUUCCAAGACGAAGACGACGAUCAGACGCCUCGGACUCCACCAAGCUCGUCCAGCACAGGGACGCCAUCUCGGGGCUAGCAAUCAGUCCUUCUGGGAAGAUCCUCUACUCGGGAUCCUGGGACAAGACCAUCAAGGUGUGGAGGAUCGCCGCAUCCUCCAGCUCCUCCUCCAUCGCCAUCAAGUGCGUGGAAUCCUUCACGGCUCACGACGACGCAGUGAAUGCGCUCGCGGUGGCUUCUUGUGAUGGCGAUGGAUUGACGACACUCUACUCGGCCUCCGCCAGCGGCGAGAUCAGAGCCUGGGAGUCAUCAGAUCACCGCAAGAUCAAGCACCGCCUCGCCGCCAGCUUCCACGAUCACUCUUCGGCCGUCAACGCAUUGCUGCUCAGCCGCGAUUCUACUCUCCUCUACUCGGGAUCGGGCGACAAGACCGUGAGAGUGUGGGCGCGAUCGAACGAGAAUCUCCACGAUCUGAGGGUGGUGGAGAUCCUGAGAGGGCACAGGCGAGCGGUGCUGUGCCUGGCGGCGACCAUCGACGGCGAGCUCCUGUGCAGCGGCUCCGCGGACAAGAGCGUGAGGAUCUGGCGGGGCCAUUGCUGCGUGGCCGCGCUGGAUUUGCACUGUGCGCCCGUGAAAUCGCUCGCCAUGGCCCGCGAUCUCGAGAGCUCCUCCUACACUGUCUAUAGUAGCGCCCUAGACGGGAAUUUUAAAAUCUAUACCGCUUUGCCCUAA